AAAAAAAAUGUCUGUACGAAAUCGACCUUUGUAUAUAGUAAUAAAGUUUUUUACGAGUAGGGUUUUAUUACAUUCUGUAAAGUGAAAAAAAAAAAUGAAUUCUCAUAUUCAAGCUCUGAAUGUGGAUAACCAUUUUUCCGCCGCCGGCGAGGAAGUUCCCGCCGGCAGUGAUAAGGCGGUUGAUGACUUUCCGAUUGGCUAUGAAGGUGGGGUGGGUGCUGUAAGGUUACAAUGCCUCAUAAUUACACAGUUUAUAGUGCUUCUGAUCAUGUUGCUUUUCAAAAUGGAGAGGCUAAUUUGAACCAGCUCACUCUAUCGUUUCGUGGCCAAGUUUUCGUUUUUGAUGGUGUUACUACUCACAAGGUUCAAUCGGUCUUUCAACUUUUGGGUGGAUAUGAGUAUUCUCAGGGCAUGCAAACUGUAGGUUUGGCAAGUCCAAACCAGGAGGACUCUGUGGACUAUCCAUUGCUCUGUGCAGAUCCAAAAAGACUUGAAUCCCUCAUUAGAUUUCGUGAAAAGAGGAAAAGGCGAUGCUAUGGAAAGAAAAUCAGAUACGAUGUCCGCCAAGAAGUUGCUUUUAGACACACAUAUCUAUCACCUUGGCACCUUCCACAGUUUUUCGUCCUUGGUAAUUGGUAUAGCAGGUUGUGGAAUGUCAACAAAAUAUGGAUGCAGCGCAAGAAUGGACAAUUUGCUCGAAAAGGCUCAGGUGAACCAAAACAGGAUGACAACCCACCAGAAGAAACUUGGUGCAUCCAUUGUGGAACUAGUUCAAAGGACACCCCUAUGAUGAGGCGUGGUCCUGCUGGCCCAAGGACUCUUUGCAAUGCAUGUGGCCUCACUUGGGCAAAUAAGGGGAUCAUGAGGAAUCUCUAUACGGCAUCCUAUGAUAAUACACUGCUCACAGAACCAGAGGAUGAAGAUCAUAGCAACUCUGACUAUGGAGCUCCUCCCCGUUAUCUCUCUUGUCAAGUUUCUUCCUCGGCCAGUGAUUCCUCCGAUUUGGCAGCUCAACAAUGACUUUGCUGCCUUAGAAAGAGAGUCAUAGUACAUCAAUAUGUCAUCUGAUCAUCCGACUGAAGGAUUUCAUGUACUUAUUACAGUUUAUAUUGACAGAUUAACAACUUAGCGAGAAUUUACUGGUGAAAGCAAAGGAUUUGUCUUGCCCUUGUAAAUAUACCAGUGUAGAUUAGCUCUUGUUACUUAUGCAGCAUCUAGAUUGAACUUCUCAGUAACAUUAACAAAAGUCUUUUAACCUUUAGUAUAUCUAACUUUCCCUCUUUGGGUAAUCAGAGUUGUAUUAGUUACAAACUAGAGAUGAAUGAUCGCAUUAUCCACAUUCUUCUCGUA